UCCGAGAACAACCAGAAUCAUAAGCGUAACCACUCUUAUUUCCUCUGUGGUAUAGUAUAAUUCACUAUACCACCGUUGAUCACAUUGAAAUUCGUAUUUUAUAUUUUACCAACCCGAAAUUGUUUUGAACAUCAUUUGGAUUAUUUCAGAAAAAGGACCGAUAAAGUAAUUGCUGUUAGGUCCUCUUCGAAAUAUGUUAAUAAAACAUGUAGUGAAAAACAAUCCUCUUAGGAUAGUUCCAUGAAUUGAUUAGAAGUGGAAAGAAGGACGCAGAUCUACGUGCCUUGUGGAAAUUAAUACAAAAGUCUACAUCUUAUAAACCGACACAUGUAAACUCAUCGAUCAAAAGGGAAUGUUUGUUUUGCUUCUCUCUGCCUUUGAGUCUCGAGCCAUCACGAAGGUUAGACCGAACGACAGUACGAUUACUUGACGACUUUAUUUCAAAGCACGUAAUUGAAGCAAACAAUGGCUGGCAGUGGAGAACUUUGGGUACAGUGCUUUACCUGUUGUUUGAUGCAACAAGGACCAAGGACACGGAAUGGAAGACAGAGGUCACAUCAGAGGUUAAGGAUAGAUCGUAGCAUGAUAGGAGUACCUACAAACUUUAGGCAUACUGGACAUAUUAGUAGUGGAGAUCUCGAUAUGAACAAUGCACAAUUGUCAAAUAUUCAGGCACAAAUGCAAAUGAAAGGAGGCUAUGACAAUGCAUACAGUGUCAAGGCAUGUUGAAAACAAUUAUAAAGCAAUUUCAGAUUGUUCUGCAAAUAAUCUUCUGACAUGACUAAAAAAAAUGACUAAUUUUUAACAUUUAUAAUCUUUGUAUGAGGGUGGACAUACAUGCCGUUACAUUGUAUUUUCAGAACAUGCUCAAAAAAAUACUUUGAAUAUGUUUAAGAUUAACACAAACAAAAGCUUUGUAAACACACAAUGUAAAUCAUUUUUAUUUUUUGAUGUAUCUUAAGUAUAUUACACUAAAAGUUACUCUCAUUCAUACAGAGAUAAUUUCGCAAUUGAAAUUAACAUUUUAAUUGUAAAUAAGUAUUUGACUUUCAUUCUAUUUGAAUCUCCAAUUUUAUACAUAGUAAAGACUGGAUACCUAAUAGAAACAGAAACUGCCAUAUUGUACACAACUUCUUCCAGGUGCAUUUUUUACUUACAAUUAUACUUCCAUUAAAAGAUAAUCGAUGUUUGUUAAUGUAAAUGGUAAUGUAAUAACAUAAUAACUGUUAUAUUACAUGUUAAUCAUAUUUACUUGUUUUUUGGAUAUGAGAAGAACUUUUAUAGUAGUAGAUUUCUCAUUAAUAAGUAUUAGAUACUGUUCUUAUAAUUGCAAGUGCGAAUAUAAGUACUCCGUGUUACUAGGUAGUGUUUUUGUAAAAAGAAAAGAAUGUAUUCUGCAUAGCUCACCUGUGCUGACUAAUCGAUAGAUAUUUUUAGCGUAUAUAUGGUGAACGUUCAUGUUCACAAAGCACGGCCCAUUUUUCCUACUUCUGUAUUCAUCCUUGAAUAGGGUGUAUAAACCUAUAUUAGGUAAUUUUCGGAACGUAGAUGUGUCAAAAAUUGAGAAAAUGAUUUAUAUGUAUUUGCCUAGUCUAUAACCAUUCUAUUAAAUCUCAUGAAUUAUGCUAAUCAUUGUUUGUUAUAUUUUAAAAUUACAAAUUGUGAUCUCUCGAGGAUAUAACCAUGAACCAAUGUGAAAGAAAAGGAAACAGGGGGUUUUAAAGAAAUUCUCCCAAUGACCAAUGUAGAUCUAUAAAUUUGCUAGAUAACUCAGAAAAAUAUUCUUAAUUUAAACGUAUAUGUAAUUUCUUGAAUACAUCUUUAUCCUCUGUG